UGAGUGUUCCUUUUUACCAUUUCUUAUCUGCUCCUCGACUCAAAGAAGACGAGCCAGAGGGAGAGGGCGAGAUACAGAGACAAGGAAAAUGGCGGCCACAGUUGGAGGGGUUGGCGUUGGGUUAGGGCUUUUAUGUUCUGCAAAGUCCUCCAACAGAGUCUCCUCUGCACGAUCAUCUCGCGUGAAGAUGGCAGUUACUGUUGAAGAGAAGAAGAAAUUCACUCUUAAGAAGUCUGAAGAAGCCUUCAAUGCUGCUAAGGAGCUGAUGCCUGGAGGUGUGAAUUCACCUGUCCGUGCUUUUAAAUCUGUUGGUGGACAACCUAUUGUCAUGGAUUCUGUCAAGGGCUCUCACAUGUGGGAUAUAGAUGGAAAUGAAUACAUCGACUAUGUUGGUUCUUGGGGACCAGCAAUAAUUGGCCAUGCAGAUGAUGAGGUACUUGCAGCCCUUGCUGAAACAAUGAAGAAAGGGACAAGUUUUGGUGCCCCGUGUCUUUUAGAGAAUACUCUUGCUGAGAUGGUGAUCUCUGCUGUUCCAAGCAUAGAAAUGGUACGGUUUGUUAACUCAGGAACGGAAGCAUGCAUGGGUGUGCUUCGCCUGGCUCGUGCCUUUACCGGGAGAGAGAGAAUCAUUAAAUUUGAAGGUUGUUACCAUGGUCAUGCCGAUCCAUUCCUUGUUAAGGCGGGUAGCGGUGUUGCCACACUUGGGCUUCCCGACUCUCCUGGUGUCCCAAAAGGAGCCACUUAUGAGACUCUUACAGCCCCUUACAAUGACAUCUCUGCUGUGGAAAAGAUUUUUGAGACUGAAAAGGGUGACAUUGCGGCAAUUAUUCUAGAACCUGUUGUUGGGAACUCUGGCUUCAUUGCUCCUAAAGCUGAAUUCCUUAAUGGCAUACGAAAGAUUACCAAAGAAAAUGGCGCCCUCCUCAUUUUUGAUGAGGUUAUGACCGGAUUCCGCAUAUCCUAUGGUGGAGCUCAGGAGUAUUUCGGCAUAACUCCUGAUUUGACAACACUUGGCAAGAUUAUUGGUGGUGGAUUACCUGUUGGUGCAUAUGGAGGAAGGAGGGAGAUCAUGGAGAUGGUGGCGCCUGCAGGACCGAUGUACCAGGCUGGUACGUUGAGUGGGAACCCAUUAGCAAUGACAGCAGGAAUACAUACUCUCAAGAGGUUGAAGGAGCCUGGAAGCUAUGAGUACUUGGAUAAAAUCACCAACGAACUCAUCCAAGGAAUCUUGGAUGCUGGCAAGAAGGCUGGGCAUGCCAUGUGCGGUGGGUAUAUACGUGGGAUGUUUGGGUUUUUCUUCACUGACGGGCCUGUUUACAACUUUGAGGAUGCAAAGAAGAGCGAUGCUGCAAAAUUUGCAAGAUUCUAUAGGGGAAUGCUGGAGGAAGGUGUAUACUUUGCACCUUCACAGUUCGAGGCUGGGUUUACUAGUUUGGCACAUACUUCUGAAGACAUCCAACAGACAAUAUCAGCAGCGGAGAAAGUCUUCCAGCGAAUUUAGCCCGCCUCCCUUUUUCCUUAUCGGUUGACAGUUUUUGCUUCUCUUUAUUUCAGGAUUGCACGUUUUGUAGAUGUAAUGUCUUGUAGCCAUGUAAUACCCAGAAUUCUUUUUCUUUUUUAAGACCCAGUGUAAUUUAUGAGUGUAUUAUUUGCUCUUUGAGCUUCUCUAUAGUUUGGGUGGUUAUCAUACUCUUAACACCGUCUUGAA